ACCGUAAGACACUACGGCCAAUAGGGUUCAAGCGGCAUUGCUCCCCUGUGGAUAUAAAUCAUCCAACUUUCAUCGUAACAUCGUAACCAUUCACAACAAUUAAGGCCAUAUAACCAAAAUAUAUAUUGCCAAAAUAUAUAUUGCCAGAUUCAAAAACUUCCUCCUUCCCUCCCCUCACAAACAUCAAUUUAACGGCAUGGAUUGGUAUACUUCAUCCAUGUUAACGAAUUAAGAUGAGUCUGUUUCCAGCUUAUUCAGCAGAUGUACAAGAAAAAGAUGAAAGUAAGGAAAAAGAUGACCAAGCAUGGCUGGCAAAUGGAAGCUUUCAACCAGGGGAAUCUCACAUUACUAGUGCUGCAUCUGUUACAAAAUACUCAGGCAGUCAGGGGUCUCCUGUGUGUUCAGAUCUCAUCCCGGAUACAACCUGUGCGACUUCACAAGUGCCUGAUGACAGUACAGCAAAACGAUCUCCACCAAGAGCUGAAAAACACCGCCGAAAACACAAACGGCAACGUUCCCGCAGUCGCAGCCGCUCACCGUCAAAAUCUCGGCACAAACGUCACAAGAAGAGCCGCCGUCGAGAGGAGCACAGCUCUCCUCCACCGGCUCCCGCCGAGUCGCCUCCACUGAAAGGCGUCUUUCUGGAGGACGCUGGUGUUCGUCCGGAGUUGGCGUUCUCCGUGGAUCGUCGGCCGGACCGCGCCGCGCGCGCUUUUCCGGAGAUGUACCAUCACCAUGUGGCGCGCUAUGUUCGUCGUUUGGCGGGAGUUCUAGGCCGACCUAGAAGGGACCGACGCUCCGUCGCCUCCGUCGCGAGAUAUCACGACCGCCACUGGAGACGUCGUUUGCGACGCGUCGCUUCCAACACCUUACCACUCGCGACGCUUCCGAUGGGUCAUUCCUUCGUGACGCUAUCCGUCCGUGCGGUCUCUCCCCCGCCGGAGUCUGCCUCCGACGGCUCUGACUACCUGCGCUCGGUGCGUGCCGAGUGUCCUCUGGGUCCGCCGGACCGCGACACCGCAGAGCUGAACCGGCUGGUCUCAGAGCGGCCGGGGGACGCAUCUCUCUGGCUGCGACUGCUGGAGGCCCGCCGGCGCCGGCUGGCCGGCUGCGUCACCUCUCAGCAGCUGCUGGACGGCCAGCUGGCGGUGCUGGAGCGCGCGCUGCGGCACUGCGCGGGGAGCGUGGAGCUGCGACUGAGGAGGCUGGAGCUGCGCCAGCCCGACCAGCCGCCCGAGGAGGCCCGGACAGAGUGGAGACAGCUGCUGUUCAGCCAUCCGGCCGAGCUGGGAGUUUGGCGGAGGUAUCUGGCGUCUCAGCAGCACUGCCCGGGUUUCACCGUGUCCGGCCUGGUCUCGGCACACGCCCGAUGUCUGGAGAAGAUGCGCCAGUUUCAGGCAGACGCGGCCCGGCCCCACCGGCCGCCCCAGGGACUGGAGGAGCUCAUGCUGGAGGUGGUCGGACACCUCUGUAGGAUAUUACGCCAAGCCGGCUACACGGAGCGCGCCAUUGCCAUCUACCAGGCUCUGCUGGAACUAAACCUGUUCUCCCCGCCACUGGAGGGCGCUGCUGGCACACCUGCCUCCUUCGAGCCCUUCUGGGACUCUCGUCUGCCGCGCGUCGGUGAGCCAAACGCGCGCGGCUGGCCCACGGAGCUAGCUACGCGUACCGACCGGCCGGGAGCUGAGGUCGAAGAGCCGGAUGAUGAAACCGAACUGGAACUUCUGUCUUCCGGGAAACCUCGAGCUGAAGUCUGGCGUGCGGCGGAGGCGGGUCGCGCGGCGCGGCACUGGCUACCCUGGGAUCGGCCGGGUCAGGAGGAUGACUGUGAGGAUACAGACAGGAUCGUCCUCUUUGAGGAUGUGAGAGGGUUUUUGUUCAAAAUGGCGCCUGAGAGGCGAGUGCGACUUGUUGAGGACUUUGUGGCGUUUUUGUGUGGUGAUGAGAGCCACUCAGUGGCCAAUGAAGAUGAUGAUACCCUCCGAAUGCUUGCCGCUGGAGUGGAAAAGCUUCUUCCUUCACCAGAGCUACCUCCCCUUUCGGAGAAAAUGGACUCGCCCGAAGAACCGCUCACCAUGCCUCCCCUCGGCCCGAACUUGGACUCGCCCGAGUACGCGGCGUUCGUGGACAGAGUGCUGGAGCAGACAGCGGCGGCCAUGUCGGGAGAGCACCGGACGAGGCUGCUUCAGCACAGACUGCGGAUAAUCGCCCGACGCGCGGCUCGAAUUUCCGCCAAAAUCACCGCCACUACCUCCACGACCACCGCUGGCGCAGCAAAGGAAGCUCGAAAGAAAAUGAAGGCCAUCCUCAAAUCCGAGCGCCACAGCGUGCCUCUAUUCAUCGAGUACGCUCGAUUUGAGCAGUCAAUCGGUGCAGUGGAGUCUUCCGCUCGGGUUCUACAAACCGCUCUAUCCCAGUGUGGUGCUGACGACCCAAUCCGGUUUGAACUAGUUAACCGAUGGUGUUUGGUGUUAUCCACCGGUCCGAGCCCAUCUGACGGCUGCCGUGCCGCGCUCAGUGCUCUGUUUAGUGGUGAGGUGACCUCGCUUCCGCCCGGUGUCACCCCUCCCGCUCACCAUCUAGCCCGGACUGUGUCUCGUCUGAGGCGCCUACUACCGGAGUUGACUAGCCUGGCUGCCGGGGGUAGGCCGCCUCCUACCGUCGUGUUCGUGACGUGCUGCCUGGCAUGGAGUCUACUGGUCACGGCCGGGAUAGAGGAGGCUGCUGAGGUGUUCAUGGCGGUGAUGGAAGACCUCGGAAAGAACAGGAGCAGCGAGACGAAUAGGGUGACCGCCGACCUGCACCGCGCCUGCUGCCGGCUACUGGCCGCCGCCCGGCCUCUGGCGGACCCCCUGAACUGGCAGAGCCACCUACAGAGGGCUCUGCGGUCGGCCCUGGCGCGGCUAUCUCUGGAUGUCGAACUGACGGCUCUGGCCGCCCGCUACUGCCCCGUACCCUGGCGUCAGAGACUCAGCGCGUCGGCGGACUCCGACCCUCCCCUGCUCUCCCUUCUCCGGGCGGCGGGUGAGGUGGCCCACCUCUCCUCCAACGCUCCCCCGCCGGAGCCCCCCGCCCCAGCCUCCCCCAUGCCGGCGGCGGUGGCGGCGCGGCUGAGACGCCGACUGGCGCGGCUGGUGGAGCAGCCCCGCCUCCAGCACUGGCUGCCGCUGUGGCUGCUGUACCUGGAGCUGGAACUGAGGACCGAUGGGAAGGAUCUGGAAGCGGUGUGUUACCGUGCCAUCCAGGCCUGUCCGUGGUCCAAACAGGUCCAUCUCUACCUUUCCCGUACACACCUGAGGCGCGCCUGUGACCUCAUGGCACGCUCCGGAAUCCGGCUGAGGCUUCCGCUGGAGGAACUGGAUGUACUGCUGGAGGAGGAGCCCGAGAUGAAGGAAGAGGAAGAGGAGGAGGAGGAAAGGAGAGAGGAAGGCAAGAGGGAGAGGGAGAGUGGCACGGACUCGGGGACGGGGUCGGAGUCAGAGUCGGAGUCAGGAGAGGAGGGGGAGGGAUCGGAAGGGGAGGAUUCGGGGCCGGGCACUCCGUCGCCCCCUCCUCCCUAGCGAUGGGUGUCUGUUUGAGUGUCCGAGUGUCUGCGUUUCCCUGUGUAUGAGCGCCAGUGCGUGAGUGCAUGAGCUCAGUUUGUCUAACUCUUUGAGAUAAGAGUAUAAGACUGACGUCUAAAUGUUUGACUGCCUCGCUGGGAGUUGGUUGCCGUUACGCCUGUGGUAGAGCUACUGUAGCUGACGAGAUCAGUAUCCAGUGAUAGUCGCAAUGUGUGUGCUGCGUAUGGUGAUGUCUUCAUUAUUGAGGCUGUGCUAUUACUUCAUGUCUCGCCAGUACUGUACGAACUUUCACGAGUAUUUGUGUAUAAGGUGAAUUAUUUUUGUGUUGUGCGUGUACCUCAGAUAACCGUAACUUAUUUGGGACAUAAAUCAUACCUGUCACGUGUACGAUAUGAAUACAUCGUGCCACUCAGCGUA